GAAGAGAAAUUAGCUCUUGAAAAACGAAAAAUAGCUCAGGAAGAGCAAGAACGAAAAAUAGCUCAGAAAGAGCAAGAACGAAAAAUAGCUCAGAAAGAGCAAGAACUAGCUCAAAUAGCGCAAGAGCAAGAACGAAAAAUAGCUCAGAAAGAGCAAGAACUAGCUCAGAAAGAGCAACAACUAGCUCAGGAAGAGCAAGAACGAAAAAUAGCUCAGAAAGAGCUUGCUAUUGAAAAACGAAAAAUAGCUCAGAAAGAGCAAGAACUAGCUCAGAAAGAGCAAGAGUUAGCUCGACAACUAGAGGAAGGAGCUCGAAUCACACCUCCUAGAGUUCAACCGCCAGUAAUCGAUUUAACGACUCCACCUGUUGUUAUAAAAGAAGAGAAGGAAGACAGUCCGGACACAGAGGCCGAAGCAUCAAGGAUUUCAAUUCCUGUGCCAACAGUUGAUCGCGAAAGAAGUGACGACGAAGAGUCAGAUGACGAAGGAAGUCACGAGGACAUUGACGCUGAAGACACUCUAAUCGAGAUGAGUGGAGACGAACGAGAUGAUAGCCAGCCGAAUGACGAUGGAGAGAAUAACCCCGAAGAGAGUGUCAAUGAAGACGAUAAUCCUCAAAGAGAUGACGACGAAGAGGAUGACAAUGAAGAGGAUGACGACGAAGAGGAUGACGAUGAAGAGGAUGACGAUGAAGAGGAUGACGAUGAAAACGACCAGUCGGAAGAUGACGAAGAGGAUGACAGUGAAGAGGGUGACGAUGCAAAUGUUGGCAACCCAAGGGAUCCAACACCACCUCGUGCAGCCCGACGUUACAGACUAAGGGGACAGGCAGAGGCAGACGCUUCUCCUCUUCUUCGAUUGGAGACUCCACGUUACCGAAGAAGAAAUGCAAAUCUCACCCCAGAACAGAGAAAAAUUGAGUUAUUUAGAACAACACACUUGGACAGUGUACAAUCUGGGAAAAUUUGGAUUUACUCCAAACCCUAUGAUGUGAGCAAUCCAGAAAGAUUCAAAAACACUAACUGGGAAGAAUUGAUUGAACCGGUAGAAAAUAGUCGUCAAGGGCGCUGCAAAAGAUGUGAGAAGGUGUUAUCACCGUCAUUCGUCGUUAGUCAUGUAUGGGGCAAACAUCUUAGAGGAAAAUUACACUGUCCAGUUUGUAACAGAGGGAAUUUCAAAUAUCUCUCUCGGGUUAUAAAACAUCAAAAACGUGAUAACUGUUGGCCGGAAUAAUCAUCAUGGAGGGAAUCAACAACAAGGAUCAUCUUCAAAAGCCGAAAAUUAUAAUACCAAAUUAUAUACCAAAAGUACAAUUAGAUUAUAUGCAUGUUUACUUCGAUAGAUAAUAUUUAGAUAAUAGACAUAAUAAUAGAUAAUAUUUAUAAUAAAUUAGAAUAAAUAAUUUGCAUGAAUAAUUUAAAAAAAAAAACAAAAAACCAAAAAAAAAACAAAAAACCAAAAAAAAAUCAUAAAAUAUAAAACAAAAAAAAAUGAAUAGAUUUAAGAUACUGGUGAUGGUUAUACUAUAAGUGCACGUACUCAGAGAGAAAGAAAUACUUUCAACUCGAAUAUUUUUUAAUUAAAGAAUUUUUUUAGUAGAUAUUAAAAAAUUACAAAUCAGAUCUUUACUCAUGAUAAUAUUUAUUUAACAGUAUUUCUUUGUCUGCCUACUGAGUUAAUAUAAUUAAGUGUAGAGUAAGUUAUUAAUAUGGUGGCAGAAUAGUGUAAUUGAUAAUCUUAACAGAUCUAGUAUAAUAAUCGUAAUACAAUUAAUAUUUUCCUCCCACAAGCAUAGCGCAGGCCAGGACCAAUCGAAGCAGUUGAUGGGACAUCCAGAUUGACGCGAAAAAAAAAAACAUUUGAAUACGUAAGUAUAAAUAAAUAAAUUUUAUAUGUUCCAGCAACAUGUAGGAGAUCAAGGAGCUGGGGGCUGGGGGCUGUAG